GCUGUGUCGGGGCAGAAUGUGGUGGGCUCAGGCCCAGGGCACAGGGGCGGCCUCCCAGCCUUCCCUGCACUUGCCCUGCAGUUCCAGGGCACCUGGUACAUGGUCGGGGUGGUGUCAGAUGACCAGGACUUCCUGGACUCCAAGGACACCAUGAAGAUGGCUGUGGUCUUAGUGACCCCCUUGGGGAACGGUGACCUGGCCCUCAAGUUUGGAUACCCCACGCCCGAUGGCGGGUGCCAGAAAAUGGACACGACCUUCACCAAGGGUGCUGUACCGGGGCAGUUCAGCAACCCAGCCAUGGCCCUGACUGACAUCCGAGUGGCCUUCUCCGACUACCAGCACUUUGCCUUGCUGUACUUGGAGACGCGGAAAGGGGGCCUGCGGAACCAGUGGCUGCAGCUCUACGGUGGGCGGGCUGCGGGGCGGAGACCCAGACACCCCCGCUUCGGGUCUGGGAUGUCACCCCUGUGCCUGCACCAGCCCGUUCUGCACGCCUCGAGCGCCCGAGCUGUUUCCCGAAGGCGCCCAGAAGAUGCAGCUACUGGCGCCCCAAGUGGGCCUGAGCCCCAGCCAGGGCGUCCUGCUGCCGAAGUCGGGCGCCCCUCCGGGUCCCCCAGCUCCCCAGCCCCUGACUCCUGGCUCCAGGACCCGCCCCAGAGGCCUGACUGUUCCGGAGACCAACGAAGCGCUCCCAACUCUGACCCAGGGCCUGCCCACGGAGAGUGGAGAGCGAGGAGGACAGGAGGAGCCGCAUAAAACUCUGCCCUGCCUGGAGUCUAUGUAGGACAGUGUUGUCUUUUACAGACAAGUCUCGAAGAAUUUGAAGGAAAAUAGCCUACUAGCUGUAAUGUACCUAGUUCAGCAAAAUAAUAAUAAAAAUAAUAAUACUGGUUGCAAAUCUGUGAAUAUUUGG